AUGAUUGCCAUCAUCCCAUUUCUGGAUAAGGAAGUAGAGGCUUGGCAGGGGGAUGUGGCUAUGACCAAGAUCUGCGCCCAGUGUGAGAUGGAGCACAGCGCUGAUGGCCUCAUGGAGCAGAUGUGCUCCAGUGACUUUGUGGUCAAAAUGCGCAUCAAGGAGAUCAAGAUAGAGAAUGGGGACCGGAAGUUGAUUGGAGCCCAGAAAAAGAAGAAGCUGCUCAAGCCGGGCCCCCUGAAGCGCAAGGACACCAAGCGGCUGGUGUUGCACAUGAAGAACGGCGCGGGCUGCCCCUGCCCGCAGCUGGACGGCCUGGCGGGCAGCUUCCUGGUCAUGGGCCGCAAAGUGGAUGGACAGCUGCUGCUCAUGGCCGUCUACCGCUGGGACAAGAAGAAUAAGGAGAUGAAGUUCGCAGUCAAAUUCAUGUUCUCCUACCCCUGCUCCCUCUACUACCCUUUCUUCUAUGGGGCCGCAGAGCCCCACUAAAGGGCACUCCUCCCUGCCCUGCCAGCUGUGCCUUGCAUGCCCUCUGGCCCCGCCCCAACUUCCAGGUUGACCCAGCCCUGCUGGAGGGUGUUUUCACGAGUGUUGUUACUGGCACAGGGCCCAAGGGAUGGGCACGGAGCCCAGGCUAUCCUUUUUGACCCAGGGGUCCUGGGGUCCCUGGGAUAUUGGGCUUCCUCUCUCAGGAGCAGGGCUUCUUCAUCGGGGGGAAGACCCCAGGGUCUCAGAAAGUAGGCAGGGGAGGAGAGGGUGAGGGAAGGGUGGAGGGGCUCAGGGCACCGUGAGGAGGAGGUUUCAGAGUAGAUGGUGGUGUCAGCUCCAGCUUCCCUCUGUCGGUGGUGGGGCCUCGCCUUGAAGAGGGAAGUCUCAAUAUUAGGCUAAGCUAUUUGGGAGACAGCUCUCCCCACCGCCCCUGUAUGCGUCAUCCUAGCCCCCCAAAGGAAAGGAGUUAGGGUCUCAGUGCCUCCAGCCACACCCCCUGCUUUCCCCAGCUUGUCCAUUUCCCUGCCCCAAGGCCCAGAGCUCUCCCUGGACUGGAGAGCAAGCCCAGCCCAGCCUCAGCACAGACCCGCUUCCGGUACACCCGCAGGCUCGCUUCCCGGGGUUCAUUCCUCAGCCUCUGCUUCUCCUUUUUAUCCCGAUAAGUUAUUGCUACUGCUGUGAGGCCAUAGGUACUAGGCAACCAAUACAUACACGGUUGUGUUUUCUAAUUUUUUUAACUUUUUAAUUAAAUCAAAGAAAACAAUAA